AUGGCAACAGGUCCCCCUGAGGUGUUGGAGAAAGACUUGGGAUGCCUCGAGGCCACCGACAAGCUGCCCGGGCAGGCGGGGAGCGCUCAGAGGCGGCCAAGGAAAGACGGGAGAAAAGAUGCAGACGCGACGGUGAGCAGCGACGGUGAGAGCGGUGGAGCCCAUGGGCUAGAGGAGGCAAGGACGCGGCUUGGCAUCUCUGAGCGUGAUCCGGACAAGCCUGAGCUGAGCAUGCCAGAGCCAGCGCCGCUCGGCGUGGACAAGAAGAAGCGGGUGGAGAAGGUGGGAGCCAAAAGCGGCACCGCUGGGCCUCCAGUCCCCAAGAGCCUCCCUGUGCAAAGGAAGGUGGAGCCCCCCAGCCUGGACCCCACCGAGGAGCCGCUCCUCUGGGAAGGGCUCACCCUCAACAAGUGCAUCCUGGUGGCCUCCGUCGUCGCCCUGCUCAGCGUCACCUUCCAGGUGCUCCAAGCGCCGUGCCCCAGGGAGGGAGUCAGCCACGGCAGGCAGGACCCUCCACCGCCUCCUGUGCAUGAGGCCCCUCCAGUGGUAGUCAGCACCAAGGAGGAAGAGGUCCAAGAAGAGGUGACCGCUCAGCCUCCCCGGCCCGAGAGCAGCGCGGUUGAAGAUGAUGAUGGUGAUGAAGAUGGUGAUGACUAUGGUGACGAUGAUGCUGAUAGCAACCUGGCAGAGCCCUGGAUCUUCAAAAAGUGGUUUGGCCGCUCAACGCCAGAGGAUGAGGAUGAGGAUGAAGAGCCCACAGAUGUCCCUGAGGUGCCACCAGCUGCAGUGGAGGUGAAGAAGAGCCAGGAGAAGAAGCCAGAGAAGAAGGAGGAAAAGAAGGAGGAGAAGCCAGAGAAGAAGGAAGAGAAGCCAGAGAAGAUGGAGGAAAAGCCGGAGAAGAAGGAGGAGAAGGUCCGGGAGAGCCGUCCCACGCAGGCAGAGCGGAGUAGCCGGAGGGAGGCGCGAGCAAAGGACAGGGCAUUGGGGGACAAGGCUGGCCGAGCCCCCAGGACCCCCCGGGAGCCUGAGCAGCAGCCCCAGAGGAAGCGGGUCCGAGAGGGGAAGGAGAGUCGGCGAGAACGGGAACGGGAGCGGGACGAGCCCAGGAAGGAGGGCUGGAAGGGCCGUCCUGGCAGGGGCGAUGGUGGCAGGGAGAGCCCAAAGCGGGACUGGCGGCAGCAGAAGGGCAGGAAGCCCUGGGAGUCAACGGCCUCUCCAGGGAAGGAUGGCAUCGCCAGGCCCAGGGAAGGCAAGAGACGCGACUGAAACUGGGGC